CAGCAGUGUGAAUUUUAACCAUGUGUUUUUAGCCGGUACUAGUGGUGGAAAAACAUACAUUUGGAGUCAGCAGGAGCAAUAAUAUCUGAAACUUCAUCUUGAACAUGGAGCCUUCAUCAGCAGCUGCAACAUGCAACAGAGGGAAGAGAAAGAGCGACACAGCGCACGGGAAGGCCAAGAGAUUAAAAUCUGUGCAGCAAGGCGAGGAGACGCUGGAGUGUGGACGCUCCUCCCGCUCACCGAGGAUCUCCGUGCUGCUCGACCGCCUUCAGCAACCAAUUACACCGAACGAGCUGACGGAGCUGCUGCAUUACGCCGCUCUGGGGAAAACAGGUGGCAUUAAACAGCCCAGUUGGUGUCGUCUCCUCCAUCAGAAGAGGAUUAAAGCCGUGAAUGUGGUGAUCGUGGAGGGCCUGAGCCAGAGUCACUUUUACAAACACUACCUCACCCUGCGACACCUCAGAACCAACUACACCUCUAGGGCCACUUUCACUUCAUCAUCUUCCGACCUGGCGUCCGCAAUCUUCAGCGGCGAAGUUCCUAAAUCGGAUGCUCUGUCGCUUUCCCAAAGGCACAGUGAAAGCAAUCAGAUGCACAAAGCACUGAGGACUCAUCCAGUAAUCACCAAGUUUGGGACACAGAGGAGAGGACUGACAGCGUAUGUUCUCCCUCAGGAGGAGAUGAUCAAGAGACAUUAUCCUGUCAAAGGGAUGCCAGGCUUUGAGGAGUUUGUGUGCACAGACAGCGUUGACUGCGUGACUGACAGCAGCCCUCUGUAUGGACUCGACUGUGAAAUGUGUCUAACAGAGAAGGGAUACGAGCUGGCUCGCGUUUCUCUGGUGGAUGGUGAUGGGAGGUGUGUGCUGGACGAGCUGGUGAAACCUCAGAACCGAAUCCUCAACUACCUCACCAAGUUCUCUGGCAUAACUGCGGCGAUGUUGCGACCAAUCACGACCAGCCUGCGGGACGUUCAAGUGAAACUCAGGACGAUGUUGCCGAGCGACGCUGUUCUGGUGGGCCAUUCGGUUAACAACGACCUCAGGGCUCUGAAACUGAUCCACCAGCAUGUAAUCGACACCUCGCUGCUGUACAGGAGAGAGUUCGGACAGAGGUUUAAACUGAAGGUCCUGGCCGAGACGCUGCUGAAGAGGCAAAUACAAACUGAAGAGAAGAAGGGUCACAAUCCCACUGAGGAUGCUAUAGCAGCUCUGCACCUGGCCCAGUACUUCAUUAAAACAGGCCCUCGCCAGGUUGUAGAGCUUCACCUGGAGGACCUGUGGGGGUAUGCAAUAGAGGAGGAGUCCACUGACUGUGCACCUCCACCCACACCGAGUCACAGGUUUGCUGACGUACUACAAACACUUGGCCGGUCAGUGGCCUUUUUAGGAAAGCGUUCUGACAUCGAGCUGGAUCUGUCCAAUCAGCGGUGGCUCAACUCUGACAAAGAGGUGUUGGCUUCUUUCAGGAGACAGGACAAGUGCCCGUUCCUGUCAGUGCUCCAGUUUUCCUCCUUCUCAGACCAUCUGAAGAGGUGCCGCCCCCACCAGGAGCAGCAGUACCAGAGGGUGUGUGCAAACCUUCGAGACAUGUGUGUAGUAUUUGCCGGGCCGUUUCCUGCAGGUUUCUCUGAGAGGGAAGCGAGGCGGCUGUUUCGUUGCUGCGGACCAGUUCGGAAAAUCAAAAUGUUGAACACAGCUGUCAGGGUUCAUGCAGAGGUAGAGUAUGAGCUCCUGGAGGGAGCUAUGCUGGCUUUGAAAACGCUGAAUGGACUUAAUAUGCAGAGACAUACCAUCAAGGUCCAGAGGCCUGUUUAUGAGUCAAUGCUGGACCUGGAUCUGACUCUUGAUGCUUUGAUGGGUGACAGUCUCAACGCCAGCCACCUCUACACUGUUAAAUUAAGCCACAGUAUGGCUGAAAGCAUACACGUUCCUGCAAAGGUCAAUGGACGUACGUUAGAUGCAAAACGAUCAGGUGUUACUCCUGUCACAGCGUUGAACAGUUUGCCCCCUGCUGAAGUAAACGGUGCACAGCUGCAGCCCACCAAGUCUAAGCUAUCUGAGGAGGCGGUCAGAGACACGUUUGCUCACUUUGGCACGGUGGAGAGAGUCGUCCUGCCUGGCAAACCUGGAAAACAUGCAAGACAUGCACACAUCAAGUUUGAGAGCUCAGAGGACAGACGUGCAGCCCUCAGCUCCUCCGAGGACCUCUGGAAGGAAAACUACCUCGUCUGCCCAUCCCUAACUCCACCCCACUUACCUUCAUGGGUUGCCAUGACAACACCAACUGCCACCCCAGACCCUGACAAGGAGGCGGCAGAAGACGAGGAGAGGAGCCACAUGCACAUCAGCUCUCAGGAUCAGGAAAUCGAUCUCAUGAUGAGGAAGCUGGACCGCCGCCUGCAUAAGCUCUUCAGGUCUCUCCCAGACUGGACCCUGUCGGUGGUUGUUCUGCUCGGACACACCAGUUCUCAUGACCACGUUCCUGGUCUCUGCCUUAUGGAGGUCAAGCAAGGUUCUUGAGGAGAACGGUGGCCGGUGGUCCUCUGUGGGAGUAAAGAUACAACACUAUAUGAAAUUAUUUAAAAAAUCAAGUGCCACAGACUUCCCUUACCUCAGACAAAAUCAGUUUGUUUUGCAUCUAUGACAGUCGGACAUAUCUCUCAAGAGUGUAGUGUGCAAGUCUUCCACAUGCAGUUUUUUCAAGUGGAAGGAAAUAAGAUGGCAGACUGAACACCACACUGGAUGAACUUAUGUUAUUGAUUUAGUGCAGUUAAAGUGAAACAUCAGUUGAAACAAGGAGAUGAAAAGCACUCUGAACUAUGAGCAGUAUUUCUCAUACAGGA